GAACAUAGAUGAAGACGUGAGCACGUGGCGGCGAAUCACACUCGAGCGUCGAAGCGGAAGUCAACAACAGAAGGAAAAAAACUGAGGGAGAGUGGCGGCCACGACUGAGGGAGGGACAAUGUCAGAGGAGGGUUCGAGGGAGCUCAUUGAAUCCAUCAAGAGGCAACAGGCAGAGACCAGGAUCUGCCUCAGCCUGGCCAACCGUCACAUCAACACACUCUAUUCCCAGGUACAAGACUUGGAGGAGCAGUUCCGCACGGCUAUGGUCUUCAAGAAACACUCUGCACGCUACAACCUCCGACAGAAACUUGCAGUGAUUAUGGGACUCAAGAUUGUUUACCUCAACUAUUGCUCCGUCAAAUCGCAGGAGCUGGAACGCAUUAAGAGGAAGCUCCGAUCCCUUACUGGCCGAGAGGAUGAGGCUAUGGACACUGAUUCACUAGAGGAGCCAAGUACUUCCCUGGUGGAGAUGUAGUGUGCUGAUGUGUUGGAUGUGUUGACUCCUCACCUGUGUGUCUAUUCUCGAAAGCUUCCUCUACCCAGAACUCACAGAGAGGGAGAGACAAAGGUGGAGAGAGACUAAACUGAUUCAUUCUGGUUUGAGUGUUGACUGCCUGUGUUUCCUCAAGGCUCCAGUACUGUAGACUGACUGAGAGAGGGUUGAAGACUAACCUCAUUAUUUCUGUGUUUUUUUUUUUUUUCAAGAA